CUUGCAAUCGAUCUUAUGCAUGCCAAAGAUGAACGCGAGAGAAUGUGUGGAAGCAGAUCACUGCCUCCCCUUGUUUGAAAUCUCUUUCUCUCUCCCUCCGGAGCCACUCACAGACCGGAUCUGGCGCGCCUUCCAAUUUUAAUGUGGGAGCAAGUAUAUAUAUAUAGGAAACCCCUCCUGCUUCGCCUUCUACCUUUGUUGAGUUUCCUUCUACUUCGUCGAUCGAGAGAUUGAGAGUGCGCGAGAGAGAGAGAUGUCGACGGGAGGAGAUGCAUUGCUGAAGGAGGAGUUGGACAUCGUGAUACCAACGAUCAGGAACCUUGAUUUCCUGGAGAUGUGGAGACCAUUCCUGCAGCCAUACCACCUCAUCAUCGUCCAGGACGGUGACCCGUCGAAGGUGAUCAAAGUCCCCGACGGCUUCGAUUACGAGCUCUACAACCGCAACGACAUCAACCGGCUCCUGGGCCCCCGUGCCUCCUGCAUCUCCUUCAAGGACUCCGCCUGCCGCUGCUUCGGCUACAUGGUCUCCAAGAAGAAGUACAUUUUCACCAUCGACGACGACUGCUUCGUUGCUAAAGAUCCCUCUGGUGAAAAGAUCAAUGCUUUGGCGCAGCACAUAAAGAAUCUUCUCAGCCCAUCCACUCCCUUUUUCUUCAACACCCUGUAUGACCCAUACCGUGAAGGUGCUGAUUUUGUUCGUGGCUACCCCUUCAGUCUUCGUGAAGGAGUGGCUACGGCAGUCUCCCAUGGCCUCUGGCUCAACAUUCCAGACUAUGAUGCACCUACCCAACUUGUCAAGCCACUUGAAAGAAAUACCAGAUUUGUAGAUGCUGUAUUGACAAUCCCAAAGGGCACAUUGUUCCCAAUGUGCGGAAUGAAUCUGGCUUUCAACCGGGAGUUGAUUGGUCCAGCCAUGUACUUCGGCUUAAUGGGUGAUGGCCAACCAAUUGGCCGUUACGAUGAUAUGUGGGCAGGCUGGUGUGUGAAGGUUAUUUGUGACCAUCUGGGGCUUGGAGUGAAGACUGGAUUGCCCUACAUCUGGCAUAGCAAAGCCAGCAACCCUUUUGUCAACUUGAAGAAAGAAUACAAGGGCAUCUUCUGGCAGGAAGAAAUCAUCCCCUUUUUCCAAUCUGCCACCCUUCCAAAGGAUUGCACCACUGUCCAGAAAUGUUACAUGGAACUCUCCAAGCAGGUGAAGGAUAAGCUUGGGAAAGUAGAUCCCUACUUCUCGAAGCUUGCAGAGGCCAUGGUUACCUGGAUUGAAGCUUGGGAUGAGCUCAACCCAUCAGCGCAGGCUGGGGUUGCUGCUGCCAAUGGACCAGUUAAAGGAAAGUAAAAUGACGUUGCACGUCUUAGUGAACUUCUUUAAUUCAAGCUGUGUCUGGCUCCUAUUUUGUCUAGAUCUGUUGCUUACAGGCUCUGAUUUUUUUCUUCCAAGGCUUUUAUUUAAGCUUGGAUUUACUUUUUGCAGAUGAAUUUAUGAAUGUAGUUAUAUUUUGUUAUUCUCAAUGGUAUAAUAAAUAUAUGGUUUUGUUUUAAGAAUACUUCA